AUGAGGCGAGCUACCCCCCUUUUCAUCGUAGGUGGGUGUCACCUGCAUUUCCCCUCGUGCAACAGCACCGCGUUUCGUCCACUUUUUCUAAGCAAGCGUUAUGGCCAGGAACGUUCGUGGACGAAGACAGGCCUCUGGCGCCUUGCACCGACGCACCAAAGAGGUCAGCGCAGCUCCGUCGCUUCCAUUCACCGGAGAAGUCACGGGAAACUAGUGGCCGCGAACCUGGCUAUGGCCGUAGAAUCAGAACGACUCGGAUCGGAGGGAUCGAGGGUGUCACUAAGAAUCAAGGUCGACGGUGAGAGUACGCGGGCUGCAGUAGACUCGGUGUUGCAGGAGCUCGAGAAAACCGCGACUGUCCCGGGGUUUCGGAAAGGCAAGGUUCCGAAAAACGUUCUCGUGAGCUACUUUGGAGAGAAGAAUAUUAAUGCCUCAGCGCUGGAAGAGGUGGUCAACGAGAACGUGAAGGUCGCUCUACAAGAUGCAGGCAUUCCGUAUUUAGGAAACGCCACGUUAAUUGAGAAACCAGAGGACGUAGUUGCGCGUUUUGUUCCUGGAGAGCCGCUCUCCUUUGAUAUCAGCGUUGAGGUAUGGCCCGAGGCGAAGUUGAAAGAGUCUUACAAGAGCACGGAAAUCGUCGUUGCGCGACUGCCAGAUGAUGAUCUAGAGGAACUCGUCGAGCGAACGCUCGAGGAUCUCCGAAAGCGAACCGCACAGCUCCGGGAUGUACCGGGUGGUACUAUUGAUUACGGAUACACUGCCAUCGCAUCCAUUCGAUGCUAUCGAAUGCUUCCGAAUGGUAAGCGAGGGGAGCGUAUUCGUGGGGUGGCAGCCGAAGAUGAUGUCCAGGUCCCGAUCGAGAAAGGACGCUUCCUGGAGGGCUUCGUUGAGGGCCUCAUUGGCGCUAAAGUCGGCGAAGUGCUACAGAUCCCCAUACGGUUUCCGGAGAAUCACAAAGUGAAGAAGUUAGCGGGGAAAUCUGUAGUAUUUGAAGUGAAAAUCCACGCUGUCAAGGAGCGGGUGCUUCCAGAGGUGACGGAUGAGUGGGUGCGGCAGGUCACAGAGCAGGAAAAUGUCGAGAAAUUGAAGGACGUUUUGCGCGCAAAACUAGUGGAAGAGAAAGAGGUAAUGCGCGAGCGGAACAUGGAUCGAGCGAUUGAAGACUUUAUUUUAAGCAUUACUGAAGUGGAUUUACCUGAAUCUUUAAUUGAAGAGCAGAUCAAACGGCAGUUCGCGGAGCUGAUGACUGAGCUGAAAAAUCAAGGAGUGCCAGAUCACAAAAUCAAGGCUAUGAUUACGAAGGAGAACUACGAACGCUACCGAACUGGACCUGCGAGAGGAACUGCGGAGAGGAGCCUCCGCAUCGGUUUCGGUGUUUCCAAAAUCGUGGAGUCUGAGGGUCUCAAGCUCGACGACUCCGAACUCGAGAGGCGUCUGCAAGAGGAGCGAAAAUUGGCUGGUGCUGAAGACUUUGACGAGAAACCUGUUCGUGACCGCCUCGUUGCUAUUAUGGAGCGUGAACUGGUCUUUGACUUUAUCAGGAAGAAUUGCAACUUCAAAUUUAUCAGCUCCUCUGUGGAAGACGAGAGCAGACGAUCCGUGCCGGCGCAGCUCGCCGCCUGA